GUCCGUUUAAAGAAUGGUGCUAAAUUAACAAUUGUAGAUAUUUAUGAUAGCUGCGCAAGGGGGAUUUCAGGACUUAUUACAGUAUUAAAGGCUCUACACUUUGAUCAUAUAUUGAUUUUAGCAUUAGUAUUCAAUAUGGGUCUUAUAGCUAUUAGUCCCUUAUCUCAAGAAAUACUUGUACCAUUUAUAAACAACUAUACUACUUCAGGUAUUGAUACACGAUUCUUUUAUUUUAAACCGUAUGAUAUAAAUGGUCGCAGUGCUUUGCAAGGCAGUGGUAUGCCUCCCAAGAUGAAUGGAUUAACCAAGAAUGCUUAUAUCACGACUUCUAGCUUUGCUCAAGCAGCUACAGGCUCCAAAUCAGUACCGCUCUAUACCUGUCCAAAUCAGGCAAUCCGCUGUGAAUUCAAGAAUGUCAGUUUCAUAUCUACUACCAUGUCAUGUACAGAGAUAACAGAAAAUGACAAGGCCAUCGCGCUCAGAGAUGGCACUGAUCCGACCCUUAUUAUCUUAAAAGAGUAUUUCACCAACUUGAAUAUUAGUUAUGCGGGUAAAACAAAAUAUUUCCCCAUGUUUCUUUAUGCACCUGAAAUGCUGGGACGUACCUAUUAUGACUUGCUAAAUUAUACCGAGCCUCUUUUACCAGGGUUAAACAUAAAAAGUCUAUUUGCUGAUAAAUUCAUUUAUGAUCCACAGUAUAGACCCUAUGUUGGUGAUCAGCAAUUUGUCAUGGCGUAUAACAAAAAGAAUCUGUUUUCUCGUAUAGCAAAUAAUUAUACUGAAAUGGGGUUUAAAAAAUGCUUUUUUACUUCAAGCCUUAAUACAGUAGGUAUAUUUUUUAUUUUAAUGCUCUCUCUCUCUCUCUCUCUCUCUCCAUCCAUUCUUUUUUAUUUUUUCUUUUUUAACUCUUUCCCUUUUUUAUAUUCUAGUCAAAUUGGCAAACAUCAAAUGGUACUUUACAGAAAGUUGGACCUGAAACAUCAAUACCCAUUAUUAUGGACUAUGAUCGUGUUCUUGGUAAUAAUACAACCAUUCAUUUUGAUGCCCUUACAGCACAUCCAGAAUGGGCCAUCAUGGUAAAUGCUUAUAUCAUGCAACAAUCAUUACUUAUUGAGCUUAUUGUAUCUAAAUACUAUGCUAUGUAUGAUUAUCUAAGUGCAUGGCGAUUGGAAAAAACCAAAGGAGGGACCGGUCCUCAUUCCAACGCGACGACUGCUAAUGAUAAUGACCCCAAGUAUUAUGAAGACUUUAUGAGAGAUGCACUUCAGGCCUUUGAUUAUACUUAUUUCCAAGCCCCCUUUGUAAACCGUGAUUACCA